AUGCGCUUGUUUCGUCAACUUCAAGCUGUACGAGCUUUUCAAACCUUCAAAUGGCUUCAAAUGGCAACCUUUCAAGCAUUUCUUCGAGCUAAAGCCUUUCACUUUUAUCAAGUAAGCACACGAUACUUUUUCAAAUGGAAAACAGUGGCAACAAAACAAAGAAGUGAUCGUCAAAAGUUUCGUCACUAUUCGAAUAUGUUAAACCAUUCAAGUCAGAAAAAGUAUUUUUGUGCUUGGGUAUCAAUUGUUACUCAGCAGCGAUCGUUGCGAGAGAAAGCAUCACAAACGCUAGCUUUGUGUGCUUUGAAACAAUUGCAUCGAUUCCUGAUGAUGUGGAAAGCUUUGAUGAUCCAUAUCUCUCAAACUCAAGUCGCAGAUGAAUUUUACACUGUCAAAAUGUCAACAAAAGUUUUAAUCGUUUGGAAAAAGUUUCUUUUAUUCAGUAAAGUGAUACGAAUGGAACGUGUACAUACUUUACGUCAAAUCGAAUCAUGUUUUCGAUCGUGGCGUAAGACUAUCGCUACAACGCAACAAAUUCGAGUAUUUGAAGUGAAAAUUGCUACAAAACGAUGGUUCGAACGAUUGAAAAGACGAUUUCAACUAUGGAAAGUCGAAUGUCUUCAAAAAAUUGAUUGUCGUAACUUGAUGGCGAGACUUGCAGUGAACAUUCGUUUACAAUUUCGAUUUAUAAUAUGGAAGCGAUUUACUGCACAACGUAAACGUCUAGCUUCCUUACUUUUACAGAUACAAUGUCAAUCACCAGGUUAUCCAGUUUGUCGUCAAGCUGUUUCCAUUGAUAAUGACACUAGUCUUGCCAACUCAAAGCUCAAAUUUCAAGAUAGAAAUCAAGAUUAUGAAAUCAUGGAUUCAAGCGCAGCAUUAGCCCGUAUAGCUCGCAGUUUUCAACAAUUUCACCUAAUCUUCGAGCUUCCACAAGCUUGGCAUCAAUGGAGACAUCUCUUUCAUGCUCAUCUUUUCAAUCGUAUGCAUUCAUUACAAAACUAUUUUCAGCUCUGGCAUCAAUCUACACAAUCCAAACGUCAAUAUCGUUUGAAAGUAAUCAAUUUCAACAAACGACGUCAACAAUUGAUACUUGAAAACCAUUUUCAAGCUUGGGCGCGACUUGUAAAUCACGUUAAACAGCUUCAAAAACAUCAUCUUUAUGCUCGUAAUCUUCAAAAUUUAGAAAUUGUUGAAAUGAUGCGAAGAAAGAGACGAACAAUCAAGAAAUUUUGGCUUGUAUGGAUGAGAUAUGUGAAAGAAUCGAGAAAUCUUCGAACGAGUUUAACUGCAUAUUAUCAAGCUCGAGUACUGACAAAAGUUUGGUCACUUUGGUCUCACGAUUAUUUAACUUAUGUCAACCAAAAGAAUCGAAAAUUUGAGUAUUGUAAUAGACAAAUGCAAAUCUUUUACUUGUGUCGUACUAUACAAAAAUUACGACAGCGUUUUCAAAAACUCAAACGAGUUCAAUUUGCAAUUGUUGAGAUUACAAAGCGACAGAAAUGGAAGAUACUUGCCAAUGUCUUUUGUCAAUGGAAUCAAAAAUGUGAUCUGGAGAAAAAAAUUGGUCAGUUUUGCACAAUCGUUUGUUUUAAAAAAGUACGACGAUAUUUUAUCGAGUGGAAGAAUUUAAUACUUGAACGUAAAUGGCAGCGACAUGCAGUUAGCAACUUUCAGUACAUUCAUUUAGAAGAGCGACGAAAUUAUAUGUGGAAUCAGUGGCGGCGACAUGUUUCGAUUAAAGCUGGGAAAGACGCUGAAUUGCAAAAAGCAGCCAAUUAUUAUGUCUGCAACUUGGUACGAAAGAGAUGGUUUACUUAUACUCAAUGUAUGCAACAACAUCGGGAUCAAUUUGCCCAACUUUGUGUCUUUCGUGGACGUCGCACAAUACAUCAAAGGCAUACAUUUUGUCAUGCACGACGUUUGCGUCAUCUAUAUCAGCGAUUUGUGUUACAAAAGCACCUUCAAUUAUGGCAUGUGGCGGUACAAAAUGUCAUGGCAUUGCGAUUGAUGACAAGUCGACAACUUAAAUUAGGGACAAAAAUUUUGGUGAUGUGGCAUCAAGUUGCAAUGCAACGUCGACAUUGGCGACAAGUGUGCAAGUCAUUUAUAACAAUGCGUGCGCUUGAUUGGAAGAAACUUGAAGUUGCGUUUGUUACAAAAAGUAUGGCAAUUUUGGAACCAGAAAACAUGUUCACGACAAAUGCAACUAAAAUUUGUUGCCAACCACAAUAA